CCCCAAAGAAGCCCCUCUUCUGUGGCGCACCUAGAAAUAGAGCUCUCCUGUUGGACAAAUUAAAUCCUCCUAAACAGAAGUUUAGAGUUUGGUAAAUAGGCUUUGCUGAAUUUAUUAGAAUACUCGGAAUUGAUAUCAGUGAACAAAAAUCAUCCUUAUUCACAGAGUCUUUGCAACUUACUGAUUCCCCCCGACAGCCAGAGCGGCUCAGCACAUGAUGUCCAGCAUCACAUCCCAUGUUGGCUGCAGGAUAUUGAUCAAUUAGAGCUGUACACUAUGGCAUCUGCAGGGGAUGAAUCUGAAGACGACAUCAGAAUCCAGCAGUGGAGGCACAGUCCGGAUAUUGGUCGGCCAGAUUUCUCAGAGCUCCGGGUUGUUCUGCUGGGGAACAGCUGGUCAGAGAGGAGAUCAGUUGGGAACUUCAUACUGAAAAAGGAAGAAAUCACCACUGAAAAAGCACCUGAACAGUGUGAGAUAUACAUUACACAGUUCAAUCAGAGAACAGUAACCAUCAUCAACACCCCAGACCUCCUGCAAACCGACCUGUCUGAAGACAAACUCAGUGAAUAUGUGGAAACCUGCAUCACACUCUCUGAUCCAGGACCUCAUGUGUUCCUGCUGGUUCUUCAGCCUGAGAACUUCACUGAGGAACAAAAAGAGAGGCUCUGUGUCUUCUUGACACGUUUCAGUGAUCAAUCGUUUGAUCAUUCCAUGGUUCUGAUUUCCACACCCAGAGAGAGGAGUGAAGCUGAUGAUUCAUCCGACCUACUCUUAAAAGAGAUGAUCGUUAAAUGUCAGUACAGACACUUAAGUCUGAAGAACCUGGAACAUCGUGAGCUGCUGACACGUUUAAGUCAGAUUGUAAAAGAGAACCACGGAUAUGUGAGCUGUGAUGUUUUCAAGGAUGCAUCGCAAAGACUAACUGAGGAAUACGUUAAACCAGAGGAAAUCAGUUUUAAUAUCGCAGAGAAUGAAGGACUCCGGAUUGUGAUCUUUGGAAAAAGGGAGGACAAGAAGAACUCCCUCUGCAACCUCAUCAUGAAGAAAAAGCAAUUUGACUUUUUCAAACUUAACCCUUUCAAGAAAAGUGAGUUGGCCUGUGGAGAAUGGAACGGAAAACCACUGAAGGUUGUAAAAUUGCCUGACAUAUUCAAUCUUUCAAUGAAAGCUUUAUUAGAAGAAAUUAACAGUUGUUUGACACUUUGCCUUCCUGGACCGAACGUUCUGCUGCUGUUAGUGAAGCCUUCAGAUUUCAAUGAGAAGGACAGAAAAAUACUGAAUUUUGUUAUGACUUUGUUUCAUCAAGAUGCCUUCAAGCAUGCCAUGGUCAUCAUAACACAUGAUAAUGAAAUGAGACCCUCUGUUAAUGAACUUUUAAGCGAUUGCAAUGGAAGACACUACAAUAUGUUUAGAGAAGAUUUCACCCAGUUGAUGGAGGAGAUCGAGAACAUAGUGCAUGAAAACAAAGGAACAUAUCUUUCCUUGAAAGAAGAGACCAGCAGACCCCAACAGGAACAGAUCAAACCUUCACUAAACCUGGUUCUGUGUGGGAGGAGAGGAGCAGGGAAGACCUCAGCAGCCAAGGCCAUCUUAGGUCAGACUGAGCUAAGAUCCAACUCAUCAGUUAGUAUUAAAAACCAGGGAGAGGUCAGCAGACGUUGGGUUUCUGUGGUGGAGCUGCCUGCCUUGUACGGAAGAUCAGAGCGGGAAAGGAUGAAGGAAUCAUUCAGGUGCGUCUCCCUCUGUGAUCCUGAGGGGGUCCACGCCUUCAUCCUGGUCCUACCUGUAGGUCCCCUCACUGAUGAAGACAAAGGAGAGUUACAGACCAUCCAGGACAUGUUCAACUCUGUGGUCAAUGACUUCACCAUGGUUCUGUUCACUGUGGAGUCAGAUCCUAAAGCUCCAGAUGUGGUUAACUUUAUAAGCAGAGACAGAGACAUCCAGAGGCUUAUUCAGAGAUGUGGAGCAAGAUAUGUUGUUGUCAACAUCAAGGACAAGCAGCAGAUUCCAGAACUGCUAAGCGGGGUGGAAAAAACAAUCAUUCUCAAGAAUUCACCACGUUUUUACACUUCAGAGACUUUUACAAGGGCCCAAAUGGAGAAGACCAUAAAACAAAAUGAACACAUCACCAGACUAGAGGCUGAAAUGAAGAAACUCAAAAAGACACAGUCUGAUCUUUGUACUGAAUCAGAUCAAAGCUCUGCGAAUCUGAGGAUUGUUCUAAUUGGAAAGACCGGUUGUGGAAAGAGUUCUUCUGGAAACACAAUUCUGGGACGUAAAGCCUUUAAAGCCGAGUCCAGCCCCAAAUCAGUCACAAAACGUUGUCAGAAAGAAGAGUGUGUGGUGGACGGUCGUCCUGUUGCUGUCGUCGACACUCCUGGUUUAUUUGAUGACAGUUUGAGCCAUGAAGAAGUUAAUGAUGAGACUUUGAAAUGUAUGAGUCUCCUGGCUCCAGGUCCACAUGUCUUCCUGCUGGUGUUACGGAUUGGAAGAUUCACUCCAGAGGAGAAGGAGACUUUAAGAUUAAUAAAGGAAGGCUUUGGAAAAGGUUCAGAAAAGUUCACCAUCAUUCUUUUUACAAAUGGGGAUAAUUUGGAACAUGAGGAGAAGACAAUCGAGGAUUACAUAAGAGAAGAUGAAUUGUUAGAGAAGCUCAUUUCUGACUGUGGAGGAAGAUACCAUGUGUUUAACAACUAUGACAGACAGAACCGAACACAGGUCAGUGACCUGAUUAGAAAGAUCGACAGGAUGGAGAAGGAAAAUAACGGCUGCUUCUACACCAAUGAGAUGCUGCAGGAGGCUGAAGCUGCCAUCCAGAAAAAAACAGAGAAGAUUCUCAAGGAGAAGGAAGAAGAGAUGAAGAGAGAGAGGGAGGAACUUAAGAGAAAGUAUGAGGAAGAUAUGCAAGAAAUGAAAAGGAAAAUGGAAGAAGAAAAAGAAAAACUAAAACAGGAAGCAGACUGGAAACUGAAGGAAAUGAAAGAGAAUAUUGAUAAAGAGCAUAAACAAAGAGAGAGGGAGCAGGCAAAGAGAGAAAAAGAAAAGAGGAAAAGAGAAACCGAUGACAAAACUCACCGACAGAGUUUUAUACAGCAGCUUGACGAUCUGGACAAACAAAUUCAAUUAGAAAAAGAGGAAAAGAACAGUGUCAACAGAGAGCUGGAAAGGAUCAGAGAAGAGAAGGAGAAAGAUAAAGAGGCUUGGGAAAAAGAACGCAAAGAAUGGUGGGAGAAACAAAAAGAGGAAGAAGAGAAGAGAAAAGAGGAAGAGCAAAGAAAACUGAGAGAACUUGAGGAGCAGUACAAGGAGGAACGUGAAAGAUAUGAAGAGGAAAGAAAGAAAGAAGAACAAAUCAGAAGAGAACAAGAAGAAAAAGAACGAAAGAUUUUAGAGGAAAAGCUGGAACGACUUCAAAAGGAAUACAAAGACAGAGCGAGAGAGGAAGCUGUCAAGUCAAACGAAUUCCAGGAGAAAUAUAAAAAGGAGUUUGAAGCACAAAAGGAGGCGCUUAAGGAGCAAAUGAAGGACAAGGAUGAGAAGUAUGACCUGUUGAAGGCACUGGCAGCAUACAAGGAAUCAGAAAAGAGGAAGCAACAUCAGCGUGAAAUUAGUAAUUUAGUGAACUGUGUCUCCAAGAAGACUGAAAAUAUAACAGCAGUUAAAGAUUUACUAAUAAAACACGAGGAAGAAUUAAAGCAGACCAAUACAGAGACAGAAAAGGAAAAAAUGCAGAAAAGUCAUGAAACUGAAAUAAGUGAACUGGUGGAGAAACUUCUUAGGGAAACAGAGACAAAAUCCUCGUGUUCCAUUUUAUGAGGAGAAUUAUUUGUCAUGCCUCUGCAAGCUGAAAAUUAGUUCUCAGUACAUUUCUGAUAACACCUACAUAUCUGUGUUAUGAACAUUAGACAAAUGUUCUUCUCAUCAUUGUCUGAUCAGUGUUGGUGCUAGAACUUUAUGUCUCUGUUUUUUUGCGUUCUUGAAAUCUUUUAUAAAUGGAACCCAUGAAGCAGGUAUUACAGUCCAUCAUCAACAGCAGGAAAAAAAAAAGUGUAAGAAGAAUAUAAAGGUCCAUUAGCGAGUAUGUUCCUCCCACCACAGUGGGUGUGGUGUUAGAUGUACUGCUGUGUGGUGUGGACCCUCAGUACUGGGGGCCGUUCCCUGCUGAGCCUGGCACACGGAGAAGCCUCUGGCAGAAGUCUCACUUCCAGAACCAUCAAGGAGCUUUGUCCAUUCUUACAGAAAGUGUGAUGCGGCUGUGCAUCACCUGAAGCUGUCUCAGGCAAUAUAACACGUGUCAUGAUUGGUUUGAUAUGUUUGACCCACAUGCAGAGGACACCGGCACACAGGAAGCAGUUUAAGGUAUUUAUUAAUAAAACUGCAGAAGAUUUGUUCAGUGAAGUAAUCACGGGACGAAAACAGGUUCUCAAUGGAACGAUCACAGGAGGAGAGACGCGAGAGGUGAUAACUCGGGUGGGAACACGAACGAUCUAGGAGACAAGGGAGAGAAUAAUUAAAUGAGUCUAAACACGGGACUAAGGGGAAAACGAGGGGCCAGCUUACCACAAAGGCUCGGAAACGGACCGAAGGGGGAAGCGGAGUGGACUCAGCUCCAGAUGGAGUGGUGCGAAUAGAUGACCGGUGGGCGUAGACGUAGGGCAGGGUCCGAGCAGCGCUGGCGGGUCCAGAGACAGCAGGAGGAACCAGACUGAUCCGAAGGGGUUCUUCUUCAGUCCAAACAGGCGAG